AUGACACAACCAACAAGUCCGUCAAUGUCCCUACCAGAUGGAACUCCAAAUGGAAAUCCUACUGCAGAUUCCCACUGUAAGAGGUCUAACUCGGAAGUCCCUAUAGAUCCGUCCAUCUCGCAAGCGAGCCCGACCUACCCUCCCUACUCGCCAUACCCUCCAGGCCAAGAUAUGCAGCGUACCUACCAAGCGCAGCACCCUCCCUACAUGCAGCAACGUCCCCCCCACGAGCAAUGGGGCGGUUACCCUCCGCAGCAUGUUAUGUCUGGUCCAAACCCGCACCUAGGCGGGCCAGGCGUUCAAGCAGCGCCUCAAACCUCAGCUGCAUCUCGACCUGGACAGGUUUAUUCCUUCGUUCUAGCUACGGAUGCUGAACGGCACAAGCGCAAGCGCCGACGACAGGUGGAAAUUCAAAGAAUUUACAAAUGUGGUUGGAAUGGGUGCACAAAAGCCUACGGCACGUUGAAUCAUCUGAACACACACGUUGCCGCGAAAACUCAUGGCACCAAGAGAACAUCUCAAGAGUCCAAAGAGAUCCGCAACGAGUGGAAGGCUCGCAAGAAGGGGGAAGAGAAGGCUCGCAAAGCAGAGGAAGAGCAGCAAGGGGCAGCAACCCAAGCUACUCAAGCGGGUGGUCAUUGUCCUUAUCCCGAUCUGCUAUAG